AACGCCAUGCUACCGGCGGCGCUGCUUGUUUUCCUUUUGAUAACUUUCGGGCGUGGAGCAAAAGAAAAACCGGAACUUAGUGACGAAAUCAAAGAAAUAAUACAACAUGUUCAUAACGAGUGCGUCGGCAAGACCGGGGUGGCUGAGGAGGACAUAGCGAAUUGCGAAAACGGCAUAUUUAAGGAAGACGUCAAAUUGAAGUGCUACAUGUUCUGCUUACUGGAGGAAGGGAGUCUUGUGGACGACGAAGGGAAUGUUGAUUACGACAUGAUGGUCAGUAUAAUUCCCGAUAAGUACACGGACCGGGUCUCCAGAAUGAUAAACGCUUGCAAACAACAUGAUACACCCGGAAAAGAUAAAUGUCAGAGAGCAUUCGAUGUUCAUAAAUGUUCAUACUCCCAAGAUCCUAAUUUUUAUUUCCUAUUUUAGAUUUCAAGGCUAGCUGACUAUAGGAGAAGCAAUUUAUUUAAUAUACUAAUAUACAAU